GUGACUGACAGGUCAGAAUCUCAAAGCUACAGGCCCCUCUGUUACAGACCUAUAAAUGGACUCCCAUCUCACUCUGCUCCGAAUCGCCUCAUUCUGACAAACUCUUUGCUGAAAACGUUGAAGCCAGACUACAUUAAGAUGUCAGACUUAGAGACCUGCCUGGGAACCAUCAUUGAGAUCUUCCACAAAUACUCGUCGAAAGAAGGCGACAAGUACAAAUUAAAAAAGAGCGAACUCAAGGAGCUGCUCACACAUGAAUUUCCGACUCUGACUGAGCAAGUGAAAGAUCAAGCAACAAUGGACAGUUUGAUGGAAAGCUUGGACACCGAUGGCGACUCGGAGUGCGAUUUUCAGGAGUUCAUGACCUUCAUCACCAUGGUUACCAUUUGUUGCCAUGAGUUUUUCGAACACCACGAAGACGAAUGAGUCGGAUUUAAAAAAAAGUUAAAUUUUCCGUAGUUUAAUGAGUCACAAUACAUUCCUUCUCUUAAAUUUUGCUGUGUUCUUUAUCAUAUCAUAUUAGGAAUGUUGUUUUGUUUGGUCAGAAUGUACAUGCAGCUAGUAUGACGAUUUGUUUGGCUUAUUUUGCUAGACCCCAAACCAGUUUAUAAUUUAUUACAAAGCAUGUUUCUAUUAUUUUGCCUAGGCAUUUUCUUUCCAAGACAUGCCCAUCAUAAAUCUCAUCGAGUGAAAUGCGAACCAGGUGUUGCGUUCUUGUCAUUUCAAUUCCAGGCUGACUGUAAAAUGUUUUUUUUCUGAUUAGCUUCAGACUAUUAGGCUGCUGUUGACUUACAUCGGAUUGUUCCGGGGCCUUAGACAAAUCACACUGUGCUUUAAAAAGAGCCACCAAAGCGAAUUAUUCUUUUGAAAAAAUCUAUCAAGCAUAUGGUAUGAUGUUUAUGAUCAUCCAACAUAUGUUGUUAGAGGUGUUUUUCAUGUCUUAAAUGCCCGAAACUUUACUAUCAGAUUUAUUUGAUGAAUUGUGUUUUCCAAUUGUAACAUAAGCUAAAAGUUAAUGUCAAACAAUGUCAGGCCUCUUUCAUGAAACUUUAGCAAUUUUCUGUAUUAAUGAUAGAAAAAUCUAUUUACACAAAUUAUUAUUUUGAACUGAAUGCAACAGUUUACAUAAGAACAAUUUACACAAAUUUGUUUUGAUUGUGCUUAAUGAACAAGGCCCUACAAUGAAUGUUUCUUUACAAAGUCAAAAGGAAGGCUUUCUUUACAAAUAGAACGUAAUCCAAUUUCGGAAGCCAAACUGUUAGAAUUAUGGAAUGAAAACUAGCUAAAUAAACAAACAGAUGAAAUUCAA